AAAUAGCUUACUCAAAUACAAGAAUGGUUUGAAAGACAUAUUGUUACUACGGAUACCCUUUGGUGAGUUAUCACGUCAUAUCCAUGCGACGGCCAGAGCUUCAUACGAGUAGUAGGGUGGGGGAGAGAGCUAACAGUAGUUCUGAGCAGCACGAACGAAAGAACGAACGAGCGAAAACAAAGAACGCAAACAAGCCCUACAAACAACUAAACAAACAAAAAAUGCCUUUCACCUACAGCAAAGGGUUUGGGGGGAGGAGGUUUGGAUGGGGCGUCUCUGCUAGUAGGCAUGGUGUUCGGCCACAUGCUAGGUUUAGCUGUUGUGGUUUUAAUUGCUUCAGAUAAUCAUCUUGUAUUAUUGAAGCUACGGUGGGCGAGCAGCUACGAAGGGGUAGCAAGUGAUGGGAGUCUCCAUGAUUUGUCUGAAGCAGGCGGGAGUUCGCUUUCUCAUUUUGUAAUCUAUACCUUUAAUUAAACCACCUCAA